AUUUACUCUUUGCUGAAAGAUAAUCAUAGAAGGAAAUAAUACUCUUCUAGGAAAAUCAUUUUCGAAGAAUGUAAUAUGCUUAACGAAAAUAUAUUUUGAAACUGGAGAUUUUUUAUGCUUCUUUGUUACCCAAGGAAGAGUGACCUACAACUACGCCAACGUUUCAGUUAUUGUAAUCACAUAAAUAAUUUAAGGUUUAAUACUUCUUUUGGUCCCACCUUUUGGGGUUUUUGUUCAAAAUGGUCCCACCUUUGGAAAAAAUUCAAUUUGGUCCUAUAUUUCAUUAAAUUUUGUUCAAAUUGGUCCCUAUGGCAAACGGCGUUAAAUAUCUAACAGUCCAGAUGCUGGCGUGGCAAAGUAUUAUCCAUCUGUGUCNAAUUUAUAUUACGUGGCUGUUUGACAAAAUUUAAGGGUAAUUAAAAAACCCCUAAUUAAAUACAAAUUACAAAAUUAGGGUAAUUGAAAAACCCCAACCCCUAAUUGUUUCGUCAAUCGCGAUUGGAGAAGAAGGCUUUGCUAUUCAUUUGUCGCCAUUGGAGAUCAAGUCAGCGGUCAUUGCGUGAGGGUGGUAGUUCAACAUUGCACGGGGGUGAGACAGGGGACGUGUUAUUGUCGGCUUUUGUUCAUCGUGGUCCCAUUAUUAGUUUUUUAAGUUAUUUUAGUGGUCCCCCUUUGACAUGUCUGAGAAAAGAAUUGAGGUUGUGGUCCACCAUGGUGGGACCUUGAUAACACAGUANCCUAUUAACUAUAUAAAUGGAGAUAUUGUUUACUGGGAUGUUGAUCCCGAUAGAUGGAGCUAUUUUGAAAUAAUUGGUGCAUUAAAAGAGUUGGGGUACCUUCACGUGCAACAGUUGCUUUNUAGCAUAGAUAAUGUGUUGCAUGAAGUGAAUGAUGAUAAAGGAGCAAUGAAUAUGAUGGGNGUGGGAAAGCAUUUUGGAAAAGUNGACUUGUAUGUUGUGCAUGGCGUGGACCAUGCAGAGGUUGUAGAAGUUAACGAACCUGAAGUAGGGGUGCAGUUGUUGUUGACUCAGGGUGAGCUGGUUAAUGAGAGUGAUAAAAGUGAGGAAGACGGUGCUGGAAAUGAGGUGGAUGCUGGAGUCCAGGAAGAAAUUGUAGUGGAGACACAAGUUCAAAAUGAAGUAGAAAGUGAGUGUGGACUAAACAAUGAGGUUGAAGUAGAGAGUGAGGUUCAAGUAGAGAGUGAGGUUCAAGUAGAGAGUGAUGGUGAAGGGGACAAUGAAGUUCAAGUGGAGAGUGAGGAUGAAGGGCAUAUGGAUCAUCUUAGUGGUGAUGAGUACGUGGAGGAGGAGGAAGAAGAAGAAAUGGGUUUUGGUUUGGAGGACAGUGAUGAAGAGUGUAUGGCUAAGGUCAAUUGUAGGGGGUUGUCAGAUGAUGAAUGGCAUUCUGAUGUCUUGGUAAGUCCACAAAAUAGUGGUAGUGAGAAUGAGAGUGAAGAUAGACCACAACCAGGUCCAUUUCAGACAUAUGAGAAACAAAAGAGUAUGACAGAUUAUAAGUGGGAAGUUGGGACANUAUUUGCUGAUAAGGCUCACUUUAUUGAGGCCAUUAGAACUUAUGCUGUGCAUACUGGGAGGGCUUUGAAGUUUGUUAAAAACGAUAAGCGUAGGGUGAGAGUUAGAUGCAUGGGUGCACAAGGUAAGUGUCCAUGGACAGCUUAUUGUGGUUAUUUACCAUCCCGACAGUUUUGGCAAUUAAGGAAAAUAAAUGACACCCAUAGUUGCAGCAGGCAACUUAACAUUAAGAUUAUGAAUACAAAGUGGNUGAGUGAAGAAAUAGAUAGGUCUUUACAAGAAAAUCCAAACUUGAAGGUGCAAGAUAUACGAGAAAAAGCUUUACGUAAAUGGAAUACUAAGAUUUCUGUAUCGAAAGCCCGAAGGGCAAAGUUGAUGGCAACAAGGCAACUUAUUGGAGAUUUCAAAGAACAAUAUAGAAGAAUACAUGAUUAUGGACAUGAACUUUUGAGGUCUAAUCCUGGGUCAACAGUUAAGGUGGAGGUUGAUACUGUUAAUGGUAAUGCAGUGUUUAAAAGAUUCUAUGUUUGCUUGAAAGGUUGUAAGGAAAGUUUUGUGAGUUGUAGGCGAAUUAUAUGCUUAGAUGGAUGCUUUUUAAAAGGCCAGUAUAAGGGGGAGUUGCUCACUGCAAUUGGAAGGGACCCAAAUGAUCAAAUGCUUCCCCUUGCAUAUGCCAUUGUUGAGGUCGAGAACAAAGAGACAUGGAGUUGGUUUCUACAGUUAUUGAUAGCAGAUCUUGGAGGAAAUGAAGUGUGUCGUAGAUGCACAUGGAUGUCUGACCAACAGAAGGGGUUGGUCCACGCUAUAGACGAACUUUUGCCUAAGGUAGACCAAAGAUUCUGCAUGAGGCACCUAUANGCNAACUUUAGAAAACAGUUCCCUGGUCAGACUUUGAGGNCGCUGAUGUGGAAGGCUGCCACAAGCACGUACCCCCAGGCAUGGGAGAGAGAAAUGCUGAAUAUCAAACAGGUCAACUUAGAAGCUUAUAAGUACNUGAUAUCCAUACCCCCCAGGUAA